UGCCCCUAAACUCUGUGGCACCUAUCAAAGUCAUCACCAAAUUUUUGUCAGAAACAUGGCGGAAGAUCCGGUUGUAAAUCUCCUACGACAGCAUUUCAAGAAAGUGAACGAGUGUCUGAGGGAUAAGAAGAAUUUCGACAUAUUGACAAGAUUCAGCUUCAGAUCUACAUGCGAUAAGGCGAUCGACGAUACAGAUUUCUACACAGACGAUGAGUACGUAAACCCGGAAUUCGAAAUGUCUCAACGUAGACCCGGCAAAAGUUUCCCAGAGGUUCCCAGGCAGAUUCUAGAUACCUCUAUCGAAGAAAUCGAGUCGGAAGAAUUCCAGGCUGAGACGGAUUUUGACGGAUCCAGCAUCGGAAGGAGAUCUGUAUCUGAGGCCACUUCUUCGGUGUACAACACAACUUUUGAAGAUGCCGAUCAAAGGGAGGAGAACGAAGUGCAAUAUCCUGUAAUUCCCUACAGGAAACCUUCUCGAAAAUCGCUUCUGGAAAGACCGCAAACACCCAUGUUGGAAAUGUACGAUUCUGAAGAAGAGAGCGAGUAUUAUGAGUACAGUGAUCCCACGCCUAGAAAAAUGGAGGGAUCCCAAAAGUUUAUCCUGUAUCCGGAGCAAUUACAAGCCGGUGACUUAAAUUUUGCUGGAAAAAACGAGGAAUUGAGUCAUGAAACGACUGUCGAGAGACCAGAAAUGUUAGGAAUCUUGCCGAGGAAAGAGGAUACUAAGGAGAAAUGUAGAAUUCCCACACCUGAGGAAAAUGAGCGAGCUUUCAACGAAGAACUUGAAAUGUACAAGAGAGACAUCAAACUAGAACAAACCAUAAGAAGUGACAAAAACUUCCACGAUCGAUCCCUUGAAAUCCACCCACCAACUUCUAGCUGCAGUCAAUGUACGAAAAGCAUACGCGGACUUGAUGAAAGAUCUCGUAUUUUUGAAAUAGACUCCAGUUCAGGCCUGGACGCCAAUGAAAAAGUCCCGGAGUACCUCAAGAAUUAUUUCGAAGAGGCUAAAACCAACGUGUGCCGAAAAUCAUCCGAAUGCCAUCGAGAAAGCAGCGAGAAAUGCAAUUUUGGCAGUCCCUAUGUUGAGUCAUCGGUUGAUAACGAUUUGCUGGAACUCGUUUACGAGAAGAUUUUCUCGAAUACUUCAUCGAAACACGAAGGCCUCAAUUCGCCAGCUUUCGAAAAAGCUAACAUUGCCGAUAACAACUAUUUUACCAUGAAUCAUUUGGAAAUACAGAAAGAAAUGAUGAAGAGAAUCGAGGAUAUGUACAAACCUGGUGAUGGCAAAUACAGCAACUGAAAUUUAUGCAAAUCGAUCUAAAUAUAUCAUGGUGCUGGUACUACU